AUGGCACGAGCAAAACAUGCCAAGGACGGAAAUACGCCUACCAAAUCCAGCAAACAAGACCGCAAGAUGGACGCCAAAUACAGCCCCAAGAAGCAGAACGUCCAGCGCGUAAAAAAGUACAAGCAGGCCAAACGCGCCAAACAAGUCCAGGCCCUCGAGAGCGCCAUCAGGGCCGCAGAGAGCCCGGCGUCCAAGAAGGCGCUGGCGGCGCUGGAAGCACAGGUCUUCCAGCCAUGGAAGUUCCGGGGCAGCAAAGGGGGCAGCAAGGUGGCGCAGCUCGAGAAGCUGGUCAAGGAGCAGCAGGAGGAGAUUCGCGGGCUGCGAAAGAUGGUGCUGGUGGGCAAGGGCGGGCCCAAGUUAGAGCCGGUGAGCCCGAACGUGAUAAGGGGGGCGGCAGGCAAGGAUGAUGAGCCGGAUUCUUCACCCGUGAAGAUCAGGGAACAGCUCGCGAAUGACAUUGCUCCCUCUAACGAGGAGGAGGACGAAAACGCGCAAGAGGUGGUGCUGGAGACUACUGAGGGUGCUGAGCCGGAGCAGAUGGAUGUGGAGCCUGCAGUAGUUCCCAGCAUUGAGGACGAGGCUGUCGAGUAUCCGACACUCCCAUCCGUUGAGGUCGACGACGUGCAGGAGACAUCCGAGGAAAUCAAGUCCGGCGAGAAUGGUACAGAACAGCAACAGCAGCAAUCCGAGGAGCUAGAGGCCAGCCAACCUCAACAACAAGAAUCAACUGCUGCUGUGGACACACCGUCAAAACCGCCCAGGAGGCAUACCAGAGCAUCUAGUGCGGACUCGCAUGCCGGCACACCUCGAAACGUGAGGCGGUCUCCGCGGAAGAGGAUGGUGAAAAAGCUGUAA